AUGCUAUCUCAAGCGCUAACAGUUCCUGCAUUUCCCACUUUCACCAUCGCUUCUCACACCAAAAUCCCUUCCCAACUUGCGUUUUCUCACAGAAACCCCUGCACGGUAGCUUCUUCCUUGCCAAGCCCCUAUGUUCAUUCAUCCAAAAUCGGGUUAUCAAGUAAAACCAAUGGUUUUCGUUUAAAACUUGAUGAGAAGAAUACACAUGAUGUUAGUACAAGCUAUGGUGUAAUUGAAGCCAAGAAGGGGAACCCGCCAAUAACACCAGCAGUGAUGACUCCUGGAGGAGCUAUUGAUCUCUCAUCUGUUCUGUUCAGGAAUCGUAUAAUAUUCUUAGGACAACCAGUUAACGGACAAGUGGCUCAGAGAGUUAUUUCGCAGCUUGUGACUUUGGCUACUAUUGAUCCAGAUGCAGAUAUACUGAUGUACAUAAAUUCCCCUGGUGGAAACACAUACUCGGUGCUUGCAAUUUAUGAUUGCAUGUCUUGGAUAAAGCCAAAGGUUGGUACAAUAUGUUUCGGAGUAGCUGCCAGCCAAGCAACACUUCUCCUUGCAGGCGGGGAGAAGGGAAUGCGCUAUUCAAUGCCAAAUGCUCGCAUUAUGAUGGGUCAACCACGAUGUGGAUUUGGGGGUCAUGUUGAGGAUGUGAAACGUCUAGUGAAUGAAGCUGUUCAAUCCCGCCAUAAAAUGGAUCAGAUGUUUUGUGCUUUCACUGGACUACCAUUAGAGAAGGUGCAAGAAUACACAGAGAGGGAUAAUUUUCUAUCUGUUUCUGAGGCUUUGGAGAUUGGUCUUCUCGACGGUGUCCUGGAAACAGAGUAUUGA